GUGAGUGCAUCGCCCUCGGACAAUCUUGUACUGCAAGUAUGGAGAAGAAGUUUUGUCCACCAUAUGAAUGCCAGAUGAGCACUCUUAGAUCUGGAACAUGCGUCCAUAAUUGUCUCAAGAUGAGUUCACCGUGUAAGACGAAUGAAGAGUGUUGCAGCAACAGAUGUUUCUAUGGUAAAUGUCUGGACAAGAAAACAUUCGGAGAGAAGUGA